GCGCGCGUGCGCGUGAAACACUCCUCGCGCCCGGCUGGUUGUUAGGCAAGCGCGAGCUACCUGUUAUGUCAUCUCCAGCGAGGAAACAUCUACAGAAGGACAACAGUAACAGCUAGAGCUCUUCUUCUUGUGAGUUGCGAACGAGUUCCGUGAAAACCAGUCAGAAUGUUGGGGGCAGUGGUUGUCGGCAUCGGCACAGCAGGCUGGGUUAGGAUCAGAGAUAUGUUGGCUCCUCUACUUGGCAGUCCUGCAGCAGAACUCAAUGUCAGAGGGUUCAUAUCCAGGAGAAGCUUAGACCCUCAGCAGGGUGUGAGUCAGAUCUCAGUAGAAGAAGCUGUGGGUAGAGAAGACAUUGAUGUGGCGUUCGUCUGCACUGAGAAUGCGUUGCACGAGGACAACGUCAGAACUUUUCUGCAGGCAGGAAAACACGUCUGUGUCGAGUAUCCCAUGACCAUGAACUACAAGGCUGCUGUGGAGCUCUGGGAUUUAGCCCAGAAAAAAGGAGUGAUUCUCCACGAGGAGCACAUUGAGCUGCUGACAGAAGACUACAAAGAACUGAAGAAAGAGGUGGAGGGUAAAAUCCUGCAGGAAGGUACUCUUCACUUUACAGGUGGAGCUCUGAAGCCUGGAUUUGGUUUCCCAGCAUUCAGUGGCAUUGCUCGCCUCACAUGGUUGGUCGAGUUGUUUGGUGAGCUGUCGGUCUCUGUAGCAACCAUGGAGGAAGACUCUGGUAACAACUGCAGCAAGAUGACUGCAACGCUGCUAACUUCUGACAACAGACCUCUGACAUGGAUUGAGGAGCGGGGGCCGGGCCUCCCCAGGGUCAAGAACAUCAACUUCUACUUUGACUGCUGCACUCUGACCCAGAUCCCACCGGCACCAAGAGGGAGUGUGGGCCUCUUCAUGCAGGACCUGAUCCACUUCUCUGCCAAGCUGGUGGGCCAAGUGAGUGCCGAGGAGCUCCAGAGAGAGAGAACCAGGGUGCUCCACUGUUUGCAAUUAGCAGAGAGGAUACGAGAACUUUGCUCAAGUUAAAUGUCUCCAUGAAAUAAUCCUAAAACUUUGGUUAAACAAGAGCUUAUCUUCAUAUUUCAUCACCAUGCCCUUAUGUUUUUGCAUUGUAUGUUGGAAAAAUGUUCAAAGUAUUACUUCAUAUUAUUUCAUUAAAAAAUAUUUAAUGCUGGUUGCAAGCAAAGUAAUUGAACACUUUGACAUGGUCCGCACAUAUUUCCACAUGGGUGCCUGAGAGAACGACUGGAAACAUCACACAAACAGUUCUCUAGAAUCCAGCAGCCUACAUUUACUCUAUCACACACACAUACCAGAGACCUUGUCUUAUAUACACACAACAUUGCAGUAUAGUUUUACCAUUAGAUGUUGACGGCUUCAUAUGAAGCUUUGAUUAUAAACCUGUUUUAUUAACAAUGUUUUAGCAUUAAUGCAUUCUACAAGUCAUUUUUGGUUCAAUGACUAACCAAAAAGGUUCCUUUUUAAGAGGAGGAGGAAUGUUAAAGACAAGCUAGUCAACAUGUCCACAUUGAAAGUAAACAGUUGAACUCUCCAUGUGUGAAUAAUCGAGCUGGAAUGCGACACUCAGCUUCAAUGUGGCUGAUGCAACAGAAGCAUCACAAUAUCAUACAAUGUCCUUAAUGAUCUAGCAAAUACAUUUUAUGUUAAUCAUUUCAAUCAUCAAUCCAUCAAAGUGGAAAAAAUAAAAAUGUCUUCACAACCUACAACAUUUUUCAAAAUGUUCUUUAGAUUAGUCCCAGGCGAGUGAUCUAUGACGGACUGAGUGAACGCUUUACCAGCCAUUCACAAGGACUAAUACUGAAACUGGACAAAGUGUGUUUACAGAAGUGGACAUUCCCCCCCCAGUACACCCCUCAACACAAAUCUGCUUAUAAAAGCAGUCAUUGUUUUAUAACUUUAAAAAGUUUCAGUAUUAUUUGACCUCAAAUAAAAGUCAGCAACAUCUAAAUGUAAAGCUUUGAACUACAGUAACCUUUGUCUGGUGAAGUGGAAAUGCAGCUCACUUGAAACUCUUCAGUAUAAACAACACGCUUUGUCAGCAAGAACAGCUGCACUAUAAUGAAAUCUGUGUGUUUGGGGUCUUUUGAGUGAACUGCCCAACAAAGGGAACCACAUUACAGAGGUGUAACUGGAACUGCUGUGGAUAUUUGAAAAUGUGUCCUUAGCAAGAUGCUAGUUUUAAGUUCCUACAAUUCUGAAGUACCGCUCAAUGUUUGAACUCACUCAACACUUAUUACAAAUGAUGAAUAUUCAUUACAAUCCUUAAUGAAUGCACCUCUACAGCUCCUGAAUAGAACACUAACAAACCGCCUUGAAGAAGUAGUCCGACCUAAAGCACAGCGAUUGCUUACGUGAGGAGUUUGUUUUUCAGGCUGAUGUACUUGGAUGUUGGUUUUGGCUGCAUCAUAUCAAGUCCCACAAACAGUCUUUGGAAGACUUCAAAAGUUUUGGCAAGUUUGGGAGGAUAAUCCAGAUUUAAGGCAUAGGUCAGGCCCAGGAGUAGGCAGCAGGCUCUGGACAUGCUAUCCAGACCCGUCAGCACCGGAGUUCCAUUGAUGAUGAUGCCCACUGCGUCUGGCUGCUGACACACAUAGAUCCUCAUGCUCUGUGUUUGAAGGUCCUGGUGCACUUUAUCCUCCUCUGUUCUCUAGAAAACAUGCAAACAUGGAUCCAUUUAUUUCAGUGUUGAGAGUAAAGAGCCCAAACUAUUCAAAUGGUUCCACUUUGUUACAGUCUCCAUGCUGCACUGUAUGUGUACAUUAGACUCAACGAACCAGGACUGAGCCGGGUAGACUGUCGGAUCCGGGUGCAGUAAACCAGGUUUUCUAAAGGGAGUAUGGCACUACAACUUCCAUCCAGAGGCCACAGAAAGUGUAAGUUUAAAUAAAUAAUCACAUGAAUGGAUUGCAAAAAAUAUAAAAAUUAAAUAAUGGUUUGUAAAAUAAUUGCAGAAAUUAUUAAAACUUUAAGAAGUUACAUUUUGUUAUAAUGGAGUAGUUAUUACAUUAAUACGCUUUUUGCACUUAUAGCUAUUUCAUAAAAGAUAUGUCUACUUUUAUUACAAAAUGUCACUUUCUUCAUAUUACAUUAGAUUACAGAUGAGCAAUUUUGGGGUUAAGUAUCUUGCUCAAGGACACAAGCAACGAGUGCAGCCUGAGCCGAUCCUCUGAUUGAAGAACGGCCCUGCUAUCCACUUCGCCACAGUCGACAUAUGAUUUAAAAUUUCUUUAAUAUUGAACAUUUUGUUGUUCCAUAUGAACAUUGAAACAGAUAUCAGAGAGGAUUAUUACCUGUUGAACUUAUGGAGACAGUAUGUUGAAGUGCAUGGGAGUUAUGGUUUUACUUUAGUUGUUCGUUUCAUUUUAGAUUGUGCUAUGUGCGCGCAUUCUCAGUGCUGCAAUGUUUUUAAGUGCAUGCAGUAUUAUCAUAGUCCAGUACUAACGGUAAUGUUUAGUGAACCACCAGAGCACCACACUGACACCUCAAAACUACAAGUACAACACAGUAAUUAGGACAGUACUUACAAAGUAGUCAGAGACUAGCUCCUGCACGGUCUCCCCCAAGUACUCAAUGAGGCAUCUCAGAGUCACGUCCCUCUUCUUCACCACUGAGGCAUGUGGGUCCUACAGUUAUUCAUCACAAUAAUAUUUC